UUCAAAUUAGGGUUUCGGAUUAGUACACAAUCUAACGGCUGAUUCGAUAGCUUCGUACUGAUAAUUGGGAGAAACAAUUGUUAGAUUGAUUUCUCCAGGUUUUGAUUUCUCGGAUCUGAAUGGGGAAGGGAGGCCAAGAUUAUGGGAGGCAAGAGAAGAAGAGUUCUGAUGAUUCUUCGGAUCGCGACACGUUCAAGGCGUGGGCUAAGGACGUUCGAGAGUGUGAGGAACACUUCAAGGUGAGCGUGAAAACUGGAUUAAGCAGUGAAGAAGUUGAGAAUCGGAGACGGAUCUAUGGUUCCAACGAGCUCGAGAAGCACGAGGGUCAAUCCAUCUGGAGUUUGAUCUUGGAGCAGUUCAACGACACCUUGGUUCGGAUCCUCCUCGGCGCCGCCAUCAUUUCCUUCGUGCUCGCCUGGUACGACGGCGAGCAUAGCGGCGAGAAGGAUAUCACGGCCUUCGUGGAGCCCCUGGUGAUCUUCCUGAUUCUGAUUGUGAACGCCGUGGUUGGGGUUUGGCAAGAGAGCAAUGCGGAGAAGGCUCUAGAAGCCUUGAAGGAGAUCCAAUCGGAGCACGCCUCUGUCAUCCGUGACAACAAGAAAAUCGCUAGCUUGCCGGCGAGGGAUCUUGUUCCCGGUGAUAUUGUGGAGCUUAAAGUUGGGGAUAAGGUUCCCGCGGAUAUGAGGGUUGUUGAAUUGAUCAGUUCCACUUUGAGGCUGGAGCAGGGAUCUUUGACCGGUGAGAGUGAAGCAGUGAACAAGAGCAACAAGCCUGUGGCUGAGGAUGCCGAUAUCCAAGGCAAGAGGUGCAUGGUUUUUGCCGGGACGACUGUUGUUAAUGGGAAUUGCAUCUGCUUGGUUACUCAGAUUGGAAUGGAGACUGAGAUUGGGAAGGUUCAUCAGCAGAUACACGUGGCCUCGCAGAGUGAGGAGGAUACUCCCUUGAAGAAGAAGCUCAAUGAAUUUGGAGAGACGCUGACUAUGAUAAUUGGGUUAAUUUGUAUUCUUGUUUGGCUCAUCAAUGUUAAGUACUUCCUUUCCUGGGAAUAUGUGGAUGGGUGGCCCAAGAAUUUUAAGUUCUCAUUUGAGAAGUGUACGUAUUACUUUGAGAUUGCUGUGGCAUUGGCUGUUGCUGCUAUUCCGGAGGGUUUGCCUGCGGUCAUCACAACUUGUCUGGCUUUGGGCACUCGCAAGAUGGCGCAGAAGAAUGCCUUGGUUCGGAAGCUACCUAGUGUGGAAACUCUGGGUUGUACAACUGUGAUUUGUUCGGAUAAGACUGGUACAUUGACCACUAACCAGAUGUCAGUGACUAAACUGGUAGCUAUUGGCCAUAAUGUAGACACGUUGCGAGCAUUCAAAGUGGAUGGAACUACCUACAAUCCAGCAGGUGGUAAAAUAGAGAACUGGCCAGCUGGUGAUAUGGAUGCUAAUCUUCAGACGAUAGCGAAAAUAGCCGCCAUCUGCAAUGAUGCUGGUGUCACACAGUCGGAUCAUAAAUUUGUCGCUCACGGAAUGCCUACAGAAGCGGCCUUGAAGGUUCUGGUAGAGAAGAUGGGCCUUCCUAAAGGAUCAAAGGAUGUAAACUCGGCAAGUACGAGUAGCUUACUACGUUGUUGUGAAUGGUGGUCUCAACGUGAACGGCGGAUUGCUACCCUUGAGUUUGACCGUGAUAGAAAAUCAAUGGGUGUCAUUGUAGACUCUAAUGAACGGAAAAAGUCGCUUCUGGUUAAGGGUGCAGUGGAAAAUGUGUUGGAAAGAAGCACUAAAAUUCAGUUGCGUGACGGUUCUGUUGUGAAACUGGAUGCUAAUGCUAGGAAGCUUGUAUUGCAAGCUCUACAUGAAAUGUCAACUAGUGCUUUACGUUGUUUGGGAUUUGCAUACAAAGAUGAGCUACGUGAUUUUGUAACCUACAGUGGUAAUGACGAUCAUCCAGCUCACCAGCUCUUGCUUAAUCCUUCCAACUAUCCAUCAAUUGAAAGUGAACUUAUUUUUGUUGGCUUGGUUGGGUUGAGGGAUCCACCUAGGGAAGAGGUGCACCAAGCCAUCGAAGACUGCAGAGCAGCUGGAAUUCGUGUUAUGGUUAUUACUGGAGACAACAAGAACACUGCAGAAGCUAUAUGCCGUGAAAUAGGUGUAUUUAAAUCCAAUGAAGAACUUACUUCAAAAAGUUUAACUGGGAAAGAUUUUAUGGAACUGCGCGAUAAGAAAGCUCAUCUGAGACAGGCUGGUGGGCUUUUGUUUUCAAGGGCUGAACCCAGGCACAAGCAAGAAAUUGUGAGGCUGCUCAAAGAGGACGGUGAGGUGGUGGCCAUGACUGGAGAUGGUGUUAAUGAUGCACCUGCAUUGAAGCUUGCUGACAUUGGCGUUGCUAUGGGUAUUACAGGAACUGAGGUGGCAAAGGAAGCUUCAGAUAUGGUGUUGGCAGAUGACAACUUUAGUACCAUUGUUGCUGCUGUUGGAGAGGGUAGAUCAAUCUACAAUAACAUGAAGGCUUUUAUCAGGUACAUGAUCUCUUCCAAUAUGGGAGAGGUUGCGUCUAUAUUUCUAACGGCUGCAUUAGGUAUUCCUGAAGGACUGAUACCUGUCCAGCUUCUAUGGGUCAAUCUUGUGACCGAUGGACCCCCUGCAACAGCUUUGGGAUUUAAUCCUCCUGAUAACGAUAUAAUGAAGAAGCCUCCUCGUCGCAGUGAUGACUCACUGAUUAACAUGUGGAUCUUAUUCCGCUAUCUGGUAAUUGGGAUGUACGUUGGAAUAGCUACAGUUGGUGUCUUCAUCAUAUGGUUUACUUGUGGGUCUUUCAUGGGCAUCGAUCUUUCAGGGGAUGGACAUACUCUAGUCACUUACUCCCAACUUGCCAAUUGGGGUCAAUGCCCCACUUGGACCAACUUCACUGCUUCCCCCUUCACGGCUGGUAACCAAGUUGUUACCUUUGAUGGGCCCUGUGAUUAUUUCCGUACUGGCAAGGUGAAGGCUAUGACACUAUCACUCUCGGUGUUGGUAGCAAUUGAAAUGUUCAACUCCCUCAAUGCUCUUUCUGAGGAUGGAAGCCUUUUGUCAAUGCCCCCGUGGGUCAACCCGUGGCUACUCUUGGCAAUGUCUGUAUCAUUCGGUUUGCACUUUUUGAUCUUGUACGUGCCAUUCUUGGCCAAAGUAUUUGGUAUUGUGCCCCUGAGCUUGAAUGAAUGGCUUUUGGUUUUGGCUGUCGCAUUUCCCGUCAUUAUAAUCGAUGAGAUUCUGAAAUUCAUUGGGAGGUGUACAAGUUCGUCUCAAACAUCAGCCGCAAGGAAAUCAAAGCAAAAAUCAGAGUAGACAACUUACCGUAGUGUUUAGAAGAGAAGUUGCCGAUCCCUUCAGUGGAAUCCAAUUUGAUAUUAUUGAGACUGAAGACAUGGCCACAACUCUAAGUAAUUAUAGUUUAGUACUAUUUUUAGGACUCUCUCUAGUCUUCAUCCCAUUUUAUAAUUAACGAGGGAUUGUAGCCUUGCAGUGAGUGCACACUAUAUGUUGCAUUAUUUUUUUUUGUCUUGUUUUUGUUCUUUCAACUUUCAAAGGAUUUUGAAAUAGAAAAAGGAAAUGACCUUGAUUUCUCAUGCAUUUGUCAACCUGA